CCCUAUUCCGCCGGACCGGAGAGAAACAUGCGGAUCGCAUAGCCGUCUCCACGAUAGCGUACUGUUUUUUUUUUUUUUUUUACCGCACCGCAACACAUUACAGCCCGCGCCACCAGACGACGACAAUUAUACACAACAAUACCUGUAGUAGUUGUAGUAAUAAUAAUAAUAAUUAUUAUUAUUUGAUAUAAUCUCGCAUCGCCUGCCACUACAGCCGUGUCUGACACGCAGACGUCCGCCGAGCGGUUUACCGUUUACCACAGUACAUCAGCAUCACCGUCAUCGUCGUCCUCGUUAUUUAUUAAAUUAAUAUCAGUACUACAACAGUUCACUUGUCGUCGCACGGCCGAUCGUUUCGCCGAAUAAUAAUCACACAAACUGCAUUGUUAUCACCGUCGCCGCCACCGUUUUUUUAACAGUCGCUAUAACAAAAAUCGUACACUACUACACUCAGUACUCAUUAAACGAUCAACAUGUCUGACGACAAAGUAACCGGUCAUCGGCUCCAGAGUUUCAAACAUAGAGGCAAAACCGAAAUCGAAAGGCGAAGAAUUAGGAGUGAGGCAACUGUGGGGCUAAGAAAAAACAAGCAAGAACAAGAGUUAAUGAAACGCAGAAAUGUCGGUGAAGUAAUGAAUGAUGAUUUAGACUUGGAAAAACCAUUAACUGAACAUGAUCUACGUGCUUUAGUUGAAGAAGCUGGUAGUACUAUUCCUGAUGUUCAACUUAAAGCCAUACAAUCUGCAAGGAAAUUGUUAUCAUCUGAUCGCAAUCCGCCAAUAGAUGAACUUAUUAACAGUGAAAUACUUCCUAUCUUGGUUCGUUGUUUAGACGAGCAUAAUAACCCAACAUUACAGUUUGAAGCAGCGUGGGCUCUAACUAAUAUUGCAAGUGGUACAUCCCUACAAACGCAGGCAGUUGUUUCAGCAGGAGCUGUUCCAUUGUUUUUAAAUUUAUUAAAUUCAACUAAUCAGACAGUUUGUGAACAAGCAGUUUGGGCACUAGGAAAUAUUAUUGGUGAUGGUCCGCAACUACGUGACUAUGUUAUAAGUUUGAGUGUUGUGCCAAGGUUACUUCUCUUUAUCAAUCCAGCUAUACCAAUAACAUUUAUGCGGAAUGUCACAUGGGUUAUUGUUAACUUGUGUCGAAAUAAAGACCCUCCUCCGGCACAACAUGUUAUAGAUGAACUUCUUCCUGCUCUUAAUUAUUUGAUUAAUAAUAAAGAUAUUAAUAUUCUUGUUGAUACUGUCUGGGCUAUUAGUUAUUUGACAGAUGGAGGAAAUGAUCAAAUUCAAAGAGUUAUUGAGAGUGGUAUAGUACCUAAUCUAAUACCAUUAUUAUCACACAAAGAAGUGAAGGUGCAAACAGCAGCAUUACGUGCAAUAGGAAAUAUUGUUACAGGAACUGAUGAACAAACACAAAUAGUUCUUGAUGCUGGUGCAUUAUGUCAUUUCCCAGCUUUACUUUCACAUUCAAAAGAAAAAAUAUGCAAGGAAGCGGUUUGGUUUCUCUCAAAUGUUACUGCUGGAAAUCAAGUUCAAGUUCAAGCUGUCAUAGAUGCUGGGCUAAUACCAAAAAUAAUUACACAUCUAUCAAAGAGUGAAUUCCAAACACAAAAAGAAGCAGCGUGGGCAAUUACUAAUUUAACUAUCAGUGGAAAUAGUCAACAAGUAGAAUGUGUUAUCAGUGCAGGUGUUGUAGCUCCUCUUUGCGCUCUAUUGUCUUGUCAAGAUAGUCAAGUUAUUCAAGUCGUUUUGGACGGCUUACAAAAUAUGCUUAAAAUUGCUGGUCCUGAUGUUGAUGCCUUAGCUAAUUUGAUUGAAGAAUGUGAAGGACUUGAUAAAAUCGAACAACUUCAAAAUCAUGAAAGUGUUGAAAUUUACAAAGUUGCAUUUGAUAUCAUUGAGAGAUAUUUCUCAGAGGAAUCAUCUUCACCUACACAGCCUCCAUCAUGCUUUGAAUUUAAUCCGGCUACUACAAACACUCAGUUUAAAUUUUAGUUUUUUUUUUACUAUCAUUAUUAUUAUUUUCAAUAUUGAAUUAACGCGAUUACCUUGGACAAUAAAAUAUUGUACCUGUGA